CUUACCACAAUGUCAUUGUCAAACAUCUUGUAAAUUAAGUAGGUAUAGGUAUUAAAUAAACAUCGGUUAAAAUUAAAUAAACAGCACUGAAACCUGGCUUGAAUGGAUAUUAUUCAACCCUCCAUCCUGGACUGGGCUAUAACCAGUCAUGGGUCGUACUCACCGAAAAAGAAGACAUGGAAAGGCGCGCAACUUUUACACAUGUGGUGAUGGAAAAGAAAUAAUUUUACUGAACUCAUGGCUGUCCAAACAGGGUAUGCGAUGCAACGAGAAACUAGUGCUUGCUGUUUUUAACGAUACUGGUCGUGGAGUGCUAACAAAAAGGAAGAUUUGCGCGGGAGAAGAGCUCUUAACUCUGCCUUUGAAUUCAACCAUUAAUGUUACAACUAUCUUGACAGAUUUGUCUUUUUGUAAUAUUUUUUUAGAGAAUAAGAAAGAUUGUCUAGUAACUUAUAAGCAGUUAGUGUCGUUUCAAUCAUUAAUGGCACUCUACUUAGCAUUUUUAAAGCUCCAAGGCCCAGGUUCAAAAUGGUUUGUGUAUUUAGAGAGUUUACCAAAAGAGUAUACAGUUCCUUAUUUUUUGCCAAAUGAUAUAAAAAGUUAUGUUGAUAAAGAUAUACAAACUGUAAUUUCUAAACAGCAUGAUAUUAUUCAUUCAUCAUUCCAUAUUUUUGAGGAAAUUUUACAAAAUUCUAAGAGUGAUAAUAUUUCUGUUCAUAAACUGAAACAUUCUUUCAAUAUGCCUGUGUAUGAAUGGGCCUAUUUUACUGUGAAUACCAGAUGUGUAUAUAUGGAUUUAUCAAAUGUGAUUGAUCUAAGAAAUAUUGAAAAUUGUAUUUUGAAUAUAAUUACAGAUAAUACAAAGAUAUCUUUAUGUCCUUACUUGGACAUGAUUAACCACAGUCCAAAUGCCAGAAAUGAAACAAAACUAAUUGUAAGCAAAAAUAUAGAAAAUAUAAGUGUAGGACAAUUAGACAAAACCUUAUUUUCAGAUGUGUGGUUUUCUAUCUAUACUAAAAAUAAUUUUGAUCCAUAUUCGGAAGUGUUUAUAUGUUAUGGUGAUAGUCAUAAUUUGAAACUUAUCACAGAAUAUGGCUUUUACCUCCCUCUAAAUGAUCUUGAUUAUGUCUCUUUUGAAUUUGAACACAUAAUUUCAUAUCUAAAAACAAAAUCAAUUAAAUUGUCCCAAGAACAAAUGUCUUUUAUAAAUGGUCAUAAUUUAAAUAAAGAUUUGUACAUUGAUAUUAAAGGUUUAAGUUUCAAUUUCUAUGGUCUAUUAAUGGUUGUAAAAUACUUUUAUAAACAAAAUAUGGAUGUUAGUAGGUUGAUAUAUUCAGCCGCUUUAUGUACAAGUGAUAAAGUUUUAAAUGAAUUAAUAGCACCAGUGGUUAAGGAGAAAUUAGAAAAUAUAAAACAGUCUUUAAGUAAAUUAGAGACUUGUAAGAACAAUUGUAUUUUAAAUAAUUGUAAAGCUCUCAUGUGUCAGUAUGUUGUUGUCUUAGAAAAGUUUAUUAAAUGUUAGACUGUGAUUUAAA